UUAGCAAACACAAAUUAGAAUUUGAUCAUGACUUCGAUUGGUCAGCGCCUGAUAUUCUACAUAACGAAAAACAUGUAAGAAAGAGAGAAAUAGCUGAAAUGUUUUUUAUUAAAAAAUUUGACAACACUAUUAACUCCCAAAAAGAUACAGAGAAUUUAAACAACAUAUACGAUAAAUUAAUAAAGGUCGUUUAGUCGUUCUCAGUAUUCCAAACAUAGUGGUUGACACAAUGUCAGUUUGACAUUUCGAUUUUUCUCUUUCUACUUUUUAAUUAUAACAAAAUUUUAUGAUUUGAUAUUAUGGAGAAGCAACACGAAUCUUCGGAUGUUGAAAAUUUUUCCGAAUUCGAUGAAAAAUCAUCGUCUCCUUUUAUAUCGAAACAUAGUGUUUCGGAAACACCCGUUGAGCAGACUUCAUCAAAUAGAGAAGAUCAUAUUAGUGACCAGACAUUAGCAGACGAAGCAGGAGUAAAUAUUACGAAAUAUAACUGUUCAACUAAAAUCAAAACAAUGAACUUAUCGGGAUUGUCUACUACAGAAUCGAAUGUUACUGAAAUCGCACGACCGGGUACAUCGAAAUCUUUUCGAGAAUGCAUUAAAAUAAAUGAAAAUGACAAUCUAUGGGAAAACUAUGAGAGAUUAUAUUCAAUGGAGUCACCUCUUACAAAAUCUAUCUUGGAGAAGAUAGAAUAUCAACUGAACGUCUUAAACAGUACUCUCGACUUACAUGAAAAGAUUCUCUCGUCAAAAAGAGAAAAUAAUUAUCUCUGUAAAAAAACGUUAUUCAUGGAUAAAAGACUGAAUAUAUUUGAAAAUAAACUCUAUCGAAAAAUCAAACUAGUCAUGGCGAUCGAAACAUCCGUCGAGCAGGCUUCAAGUUGGACAGAUUACAUUAGAAACAGUACGCGCCAGGUGUCAGCUGACGAUGAUGCACGCAUAACUGAUACGGGGUCUAACUAUCCAUCUAAAAUCGAAACAAUAAACUUACCAGGCCCGUCUACUGAAUCGGAAUCGUUUAUUGAUAUCGCUGAUAUUGAAAAAUAUAUUCUUCCGGAAGCAAAACUUAAAAAACCCGAUACAGUUGAAAAAGAAUCAAAAGAAGAGCCAGAAGAAGAAUUGUGCAUCACUAUAUUAUCGAGUACACCAAAAUCUGCACGUAAUCCGCAAAAAUUUCUUGUGCUUGAAUUCCUUCAGAAAAUUAAAGACGACGAUAAAUGGAAAAAUAAAAGCAAUGAAAAAUCAUACUCUACGGGGUCAUCUUUUGAAGAAUUUUCCUUUACGGAACCAUUGUAUGCGUCACCGAACACGUUAAAUCAACUACGUUUCGAAGAAAUUCCACACUUAUCUGAAAAGAGAAAAAAAUUCCGUGAAUCAAGAGAGAACAAACAAUCACAUGAUAUUAAACAAAACCAUCAAGAAAACAAUUUAGAUAAUAUGAGCGAGAUAUCAGUCGAGCAGGCUUCACCAAGUCGAACAAAUUACGUUAGAGACGACGCAUUAGCAGAAAAUGAUGCGUACAUAAAUGUUACGGGAACUAACAAUUCAUUGAUAACUGAGACAAACUUAUCAGGAUUGCCUAUUGAGGAACCAUCUGCUGUGGAAUUGGACUCUAGUGAAAUCGCCGAUCAAUCGAUUAUAUCAAAAUCCACACUUGCGCUAAAAUCUCAAUCUUUGCAAGAAUGCGCUCAGAAGAUUGAAAGUGGCAAAAAAUUGGAAAACUCGGAAGAAUCAUUUUUCACAGAAUCUUAUUCUUUUACGAAAUCAUCGAGCGCGCUGAAGAACAUGAUCUCAAAAUGUAAAACAAAAACUCCAGAAAUAUCUAAAAAAGAUUUAAAUAAAAUCAUAUAUCGUUAUGUAGAAAUACUUCGAAAACUUAAUUCAAACGGUACAAUCGAAAAUAGUGAAAAAGUCUUAAAUCGUAAUCGCCAACUGCUCGCAGAACUUCAAGAGUAUUUAGAAAUUAAAAAAAGGAACUACCAUAAAGCAGAAACAUUUGACAUUAAAGAAUCAGAUGGUACAACCGAGUCAUCAGUCGAGCAGGACGAAGAACAAAUUUUACUACAAAAUACGUUUACUCCGAAACCAUCUUUUACGGAAUCGGACGCUAUCGAAGCAGCGCGACCGAGUACAUCAAAAUCUGCACUCGAGAUAAAAAAUCAUUCUUCGCAAGAAUGUAUUCAGAAAAUUGAGAAUGACAAUAAUGAGGAAUCUACAGAAUUGUCUCCAGAAUCUUCAUUUACGAAAUCAUUGACGCCAAAAAACACGAUCUCAAAUAGCACUCGCAAAAUAGAAACUUCAUAUAAUCAAAAAGUAUCGGAAUUAAUAGAAAUAAAUAAUAACAUAGAUGAGGAACCAAAAACUAUAAAUGAUGAGAACUUUAUAAAACCUGCGGAAGGUAAUUAUGUAAUUAAAACCGAAACAAUAAGCUUACCGGAGUCGUCUAUUACAAAAUCGUAUUCUGCAAAUUCUUCUUUUAUUAAACCAUUGAAAGCGACUCCCAACAAGCCAGAACGUCCUCAAACAUUAGAUUUUUCGCGUGUUAAAAAAUUGACAAUGUCUGCCGAAGAUAUUUUUAACUAUUCCAUAACUCAGGAUUUAGAAGAAAUUCAGCUUGCUGAGUGUAGACUCACGAGUCUAUUAGUUUUAUUAAUUGUAUUUCUAUUUACAUCUCUAUUUUAUUUCCCUUUUGAAUCUGUGCGAGAGAAUGAUGAGCAUGCUGACACUUUUGCGACUGCCGUUGUUGAAGUGGAGGAAGGGAUACUCGAUCACGAUGCAACCGUACGAGUCUUGACCGAAUAUCUUGAGCGAGAUACACGUCUUUUAAAAGUAAUAGCUCUCAUCGGUGAUACAAGCGUCGACAAACCAUACACGGUGGACAUCAUAAAAAAGAGAUUACGCAAAAUGAGAAAUAAUAGUUCCUCACCUUCGCUUCCGAGCUUUGUUGUCUUGGAGAAUUUGAGAGCAGAGCAUUCUACAGUCGUUAUAGAUUAUGUGGAAACGUAUCAAGAAGCAUAUAGCAAUCAGGAAUUUACCAUAGUGGCAGUUUUUAAAGUUGAACAGAUUGAUGACGAUUUGACGCGUGCAGAUAUUAACCACGUUAUAAACAAAGUUAAAGAUAUUUUUAUCGAAGCAAAUAUUAUUAUGAAAAUUAUUCCCUUCCAACCUUUGAGCGAAGACGCAUUAGAAAAAUACAUUAUAAACACUGCGGAAAAUAUCGGGCAAACAUUGUCUCAAGAUCAAAUCGAUUAUAAUAAACGACGUUUAAUAGAAGAUUUUGCCAACUGUCAAAGAGAAUAUGGUUGUUAUAAAGAUCAUAUAUAUAACAGCUUUCGAGAAAAUGAGGCUGUUUAA